CCCGGCUGGCGCGGGGCGGGCGCGCAGCGGGGCAGCGGGAUGGGAGCUUGAGAGGGGGCGAGUCCGCGUCCGAGAGCGCGGCGGGCGGCAGUCCCGGUGGGGCUGAGCCCGCCAUGGAGCCGGUGACCAAGUGGAGUCCGAAGCAAGUGGUAGACUGGACCAAAGGCCUGGAUGAUUGCCUGCAGCAGUACGUCCACAAAUUUGAACGGGAGAAGAUAAAUGGUGAACAGCUGUUACAGAUUUCUCACCAGGAUCUUGAAGAUAUGGGUAUCACACGGAUUGGACACCAGGAACUGGUUUUAGAAGCUGUGGAUCUCCUGUGUGCACUGAACUAUGGCCUUGAAACAGACAAUAUGAAGAACUUGGUUCUCAAGCUGCGCGCAUCAUCCAACAAUCUGCAAAAUUACAUCUGUACCCGUAGAAAAAGCUCAAAUUAUGAUGGGAAUACUUCACGCAAGCCCCCCAAUGAAUUCCUUACUUCUGUGGUAGAGCUUAUUGGUGCUGCUAAGGCCCUGCUUGCAUGGUUGGACAGGACUCCAUUUACAGGUAUUGCUGACUUUUCAUCGAUGAAAAACAGAAUCAUUCAGCUCUGCUUGGAUCUUACUACUACUGUUCAGAAGGACUGCACUGUGGCUGACAUGGAAGAUAAAGUUCAGACUGUAUCCAAGACUUUAAAUGGAAUUUGUGAUAAAGCCAUCCGAUCAACUACAGAUCCAUUGAUGAGCCAGUGUGCGUGUCUGGAGGAGGUUCACUUAACCAACAUUAGACCUGGGGAAGGCCUGGGUAUGUACAUCAAAUCAACUUAUGAUGGAUUACAUGUAAUUACUGGCACUACAGAAAAUUCCCCUGCUGAUAGAUCUCAGAAGAUUCAUGCUGGUGAUGAGGUGAUCCAGGUUAACCAGCAAACUGUGGUUGGCUGGCAACUAAAAAAUCUGGUGGCAAAGUUGCGAGAGAAUCCUGCUGGAGUUAGGCUGCUUCUCAAGAAACGUCCAACUGGCUCUUUCCACUUCACCCCUGCUCCACUGAAGAAUCUGCGCUGGAAGCCACCCUUAGUGCAGACCAGUCCUCUACCAACUUCAACCCAGUCUCCAGAAAGCACCAUGGACACCUCAGUGAAAAAGGAGAAGCCAGCCAUUUUGGAUCUGUACAUACCACCUCCACCAGCUGUUCCAUAUUCUCCUCGAGAUGAAAAGGGGAGUUUUCUAUACGGAGGAAGCAGCAAACCCAGUCAUCCAUUACUUGGAUCCAAGGGUGCCGAGUCUCCCAAUUCUUUUCUGGAUCAAGAAAGUCGAAGGAGAAGGUUUACUAUUGCUGAUUCUGAUCAGCUGCCUGGAUAUCAUAUGGAAGCAAAUAUACUGCCAGCUAAGAUGAGAGAAAAAACACAGUCAUAUGGAAAACCUCGUCCCUUAUCAAUGCCUGCUGAUGGCAGUUGGAUAGCAGCUGCGGAACCCUUCUCAAGGCCACGAGCACCAGGAAGAAAAGGUGAAGAUGUCCUCUGCAGGUACUUCAGUAAUGAAAGGAUACCCCCAAUCAUUGAAGAAAGUCCCUCCACACAACACCCCUUUUCAAGGCCUGUGUCCGAGAAGCAGUUAGUGAGGGGAAUGGAUUACAUUCGAGGCAGCAGGUGUUUUAUGAAUACAGACCUCCACAACAGUGCAACAAUUCCUUUUCAAGAGGAAGGUGCUAAGAAGUCCCCUGUUGCACCAUCCACAAAAUCUUCCUCUGCAGAGCCCUCGCUACUGGUCAGUUGGAUAACAAGGCUUAAAUUGUUGACUCAUUGACUGUUGAUCACAGGAUGGUUACCCAAGUGCCUUGGUUCAUCAGUCAGACUUCUCAGCUUUUCAGCUUAACUGAUGCAUAGCAACUAAUGCAGUGUUCUUUUCCUGGAGAAUCCUAUAUUCUUGCCUUUUUGUUUGUUAUUUUUGAUGCAUCAGAGGGUUGUAGUGCAAGGAGGAAAGAAAGAUGAAGUUCUUGUUGAUGGCCAAAAGUUGGGAGUUUGUUCCCUGGGAAAUGAGUAAAAUUUUGGUGAUAUAAAGACCACGCAUGACCUGAAAUCUGCAUUACUAUUCAGAGGAAACCUUUGUAUUACAGUGAAUUCCAGUGGCACUUCAUUUGUCUGAAUGCUCAGAGGCUGAUGUGGCUGGCUGGACAUCAUAAUAUGUAGGGCUUGGUGAAAGUUGUGUUACUUUCCUGACCAGGAUAGGCAAGGAGGAAAAGAGAGGUUUGGUACAACUUAGCAAUAUGUUGCAAGAUCUUAUUGCACGAGAUCAAGCCUUUGAGGAUGAAGAAGUAGCAUUGCUAUUCUUUCUCUGAUAUCCAAGAUCUGAGCAAAGUCUUAGGAAGAGGGAUCUUAUCUAGAGAUGUUUGCAAGUUGGACUAGUUUAAUUGUAAAUAUGUCCAACCUGAUUUAUCUUCUUUGUUAUUGAAAACAGAGUACAAAUAAAGUGCACCGAACAGCUGAAGUGGUCUUCCAUUAAGAUGUGUGGAUUGUUACAAUAUGCCAUGGAAAUGAAUCUGUAGAGGUGGUAAAAGAAUAUAUUUUUUUUCCUUAAUUGCUUGAGAAUGAUUUGCUGUUAACCAAAGUAAUCUUUUAAAGACAGUCCUGUUGGACUUAGGAGAAUUUUACAGUGAUCAGUUUUUGAAAGAUGUGUGAGUUUUUAUGAAAGGUAUGCGUUAUGAUACAUUACAAUUGUAAGGUAUCUUGCUAUUUUAAUUAUAGCUCAAUUUUUUUCCCCUCCAGAAUUUUAAAGUAGUAUUGGGUAUUUUGUGGGAAAAAUAAAACUUGUUUUACAAAAGAAGAGGAUAUUAAAGAGGUAUUGUUUAAAAUUGAAUGUACAUAAGAUUGUUUGUAUGCAAACAGUUGUGUUUAAUUUAAAUGUUAAAUAUAGUUGUAUAUAUUUUUUACUCAAACAAAGUUUGUACCUUCCUGUCUGCGGUACUGUGCAUGAGUUAGCCAAAUGAAAGAAAAAGGAAAGUCUUUAGUAUUCUCCACUAAUUUUAAGACUGUUUUCAUAGAUGUUAUAUUGCCAACAGCUUUUCCUCCUUUGGUUUUACUAAAGAAAAGAAGUCAAAUUUGUAAUUAAUAAUUAGUGGGGAAAGAGGGAUCUUAAACACUAGUUUGCACUUUGGACUGGGGCAGGAAUUGUACUUGAUAACAUGAGUAUUAAAAACAUACCACAAUUCUGGUUAUGAAGAUGUAACCUUUCUCCUGCAACAUGUUCUUGAAAUUGUGCUACAACCCUGCAGAGACAUGGUGUUAAAUUCAGUUCUGAAUUAAUUACAUUUGAUUGUUUCUCACUGGUGAUUUAGGUGAGGGCUGGUUUGGACCUCUUUGAUCCUAGAAGAUUAUAGUACUAUGGUAGUCUUAUGCAACUCUUCUCCAACUCUGGCAUGACAUUUGUAGUAGGGACAAAGGCAAACACAGUUGCAGUGCAGUUGAAACCUAGACUAGUUUUGGUCUUGCCUUUGAGAAGAGGGCUCAAACUUCCAUGUUUUAUGCAAUGUGUUGUCCAACCCGAAAUUGAUUGAACUGUUUGGAAUAAGCAAUACUAAUCCAGUUAAAAUAACAUGCCUGACUGGGGAAGGAUGCAGCUUGGUGUGUACGUUCAUGCAUGUUGAUGGAAGAAACCAUAGAAGUACUUGGUAUCGUAGGAUCCUCCUCAGCAUGUUUUCAAAACACUGAAAAACUCAAGUUUGAUUUCUUCAUUCAGUUAGGUUAUCUUGCAGUUUGAUCUAAUCUAACAAAUAGCUUUAAAUCAGUUCAUCUAUGAGAAAUGGAGGAAUUCAUAAGCAUGUAGGCAAUGACACUUUUCAAAAUAUUUUGUUGCCUAAAUACAAGCUUAAAAAUGUCAACAAACAAAAAAAGAAAAACUUAACUAUAUAUUCUGUUCUUCAUGCUCCAGUGUUCUGAUCAUGCUGAGUUGAAGUACUGAAUGUUACCUUUUGUCAGUCAUCAAGGGCUGUCAGUCACCAAGAGCUGACUGGCUAGCAAAAGUUGUCUGGCUCUUGUGAAGGUGGGAAAUGGAUACUUUUCUGGAAAUUACUAAAGUUUUAUUAUUGUUUCCACUGCAAGUUAGCUAAGAUCAUUGAGAACCGUGAAGUAGUUUUCACUUAAGUCAUGUAUGUUUUCCAAUUAAAAAAGUAAGUAAUGUUGGUGGGCUUUUUUGUAUGUUUGUUUUCCUCCCCUCUUGAGUUUUAUGCAUCACUAUUGAUGGGCCUUUGUCAAUUGGAGUGUAUGUACACAAAAUAAAUGUAGCAGAACCCCAUAAACCAGCUUUUAUUGCAAAAGCUACGUCCUUGCUACUGUGAAUUUACUCUGUGCUCUACUAAGUUACCAUGUCAUCUUGAUAUUUUUGUAUGCAAGUAUUGCUUAGUGUUCACUGUAUGCCUCAAACCCUUUUAUGUAGUGUAUGAUAUGUAGGAGUCUUUCUCUGGGAAGAUGGCAUUUUUUUGGCUUUGGAAGAGAGGUAUUUUUCCUCUUGGAUAACCCAAUGUAAAAGCUUAAAUAUAUAUUCUCAGUAAUAAUAAGCUAUUUUGAGUUAUGGUAUGAAUCGUAGAUAUUGGAUGUGUGUGUGCCCUUCAUACCUCCUGACUCUCUCUUUCACCUGUCUCUUAUAAAGUUUUAAUACAACUACUUCAUUUAUGGGAAGAGACAGUCCAACAGAGAGACUUAAAAUGUGGCCGUUUCCCUGGAUUUGAAAGCAUGAAGUUGGAUUGGGGGGGGGAAGGAGGGGGGAAGGAAUAAGUGCAGCUGAAAGACUUAUGGGAGCAGACUCUAUUCUUACCAGUAUCUACAAGGGAAAAGAUGAGUAUCGGUGUAGGAAGGCCAACGUGAAAUGCAGGGAACAGUAGAGAACAUAUAUAAGAGCAAGCUUUGCUUUUCUAUGAUAAGUGCUAUACUUGAAAUGGUUUGUUUUCCUGUGUGACCUGUUUUCCAUAGUAAAGAAUAAAGAUUAAAACACCUGA